CAGUUCGUAACUUGUAGGCGUGUUUGACAUGACAAGCUCCCGGAUAGAUUGUAUAAUAUGGAGAUUAUUGACAACGUUGUCAGGCGACUACCUACUAGAUUUGCUUACGGCUCAAGGUAUCGACUACCGACAGGUCCGUUUCCAAUGCGGCGGGCUUAAUGGGGCACGAGUAUAGCCAUAUAGGAACCGGUGCCAAAACGGAGUGAGGUCCUGACUCUUCUCUGCUACGCCAGUAUGAAGUACUCGACCAUCGUAAGCACUCUGCUCACUGGUGCCUCUGCGCACACGAUUUUCACCCAGCUCCAUGUCAACGGGGUGGGCCAGGGACACACCAAGGCCGUCCGAGUUCCGACCUAUGAUGGCCCGAUUACUGAUGUGACCUCAAACGACAUGAUCUGCAAUGGAGGUCCCAACCCACUUAACCAGCCCCUCCCCAAGGACAUCAUCAACGUCGUAGCCGGUGACAAGCUCAAAGCCGAAUGGCACCACACUCUCGACUCUACCCCCGAGACUGACCCGUCGGACCCGAUCGACCCGGGCCAUCUCGGGCCAAUCACGGUCUACCUCGCCAAGGUAGACAGUGCCUUGACGACUACUGUCACAGGUCUCAAGUGGUUCAAGAUCUACGAGGACGGCUUGGACUCGAAGGGCGAGUGGGCCGUGACCCGCCUCUACAACAACAAGGGGAAGGUGGAAUUCACGCUGCCAAAGUGCAUUCAGAACGGCCAGUAUCUGCUCCGUGCGGAGAUCAUUGCGCUUCACGCUGCUUCCAGCUAUCCGGGUGCUCAGCUGUACAUGGAGUGCGCGCAGAUCAAUGUCUCGGGCGGCGGCAGUGCCUCGCCGCCGACGGUCAGCUUCCCAGGCGCGUACAAGGCAACGGAUCCAGGUAUCAAGUUCCAGCUCUUCUGGCCGAUACCAACGAAUUACACGAUCCCCGGACCAAGGCCAUUCACCUGCUGAAGAGGGUACGUACAGGUAGGGGAAUGACGGCACACACGUGAGGGUGACGGCUGGCACGAAGGAACGAAGGAAGAGCUCGGAGAGAGCUUUGUAGUAACGAAGAAUGAAUACAUGCACUUCCUUUCUUGAUGCCCUGUGACGCCAGACUCCACGCUGCAAAACCCCAAAUG